AUGAACAAGCCCUCUCGCGAUAACCUUGACCAUCCCAAAUUUGAACCUGAGAGCUGUUUUUGGGAUAGCGAACCCUAUUUUAAAUCGUACUUCAAGGGGAUUCAGAACAAGACAUUCAAAUAUUACGAUGAUUCCAAUGUUUUGAAGUACUUGUUUUUUCACUGGGUAAACCGAUGGGUCUCAGUGCUGUCUAGGAAGUACCUGGAACCGUACAAAUUACACCCAGUACAGAUAUCAGACCAGAUUUUGAAGUGGGAACCUAUUUUUUCGAAACACGUUAGCGAUGGAUUGGCAAGAUUGGACCACUACGAGACCACUAAAUCCACCAAAAAUCCAGUCAAACCAUAUAACAUGAUUCUGUUGCGUGCCAUCUUAUUGACAAUAUGGAAAAGGUCAGUUGCUCUGUUAUUGGGACUGAUAAUUGUCAAUGUAUUGAGUAUGAGCAUAUCCAUUUUGGUUGAAAAAUUGAUUCAGAUUGUAUUGGACGGGGUCAUCAAUGAAAAUGUAAAUUACUAUGUUUACAGGAUGAUUUUCUUGCUUAAUUACUUGUACGGCAUAGUUCCAUUUCGCCACGCUUUGACACACAGGCGCGUUUACUAUAACAAUGUCAAUGGCUCCAACCAAUUGAACACGUGCAACGAGGUACUUCACAGCUGUUCCCCUGAUUCACCGUGUUCCAAAAACCCAUUGUUCUGUCCGGCCCUGCGAUAUCACAACAAGGAUGUAGACCCUAAGAUUUUCACGUAUGUGUUUUAUGACUCAUUCUAUAUUGCUAUGGCAUUUGAGUCGACCAAAUUCAUUGUUCAGUUUUUAACGAACUUUAUUUAUGGAGUGUACCUUAUGUCGAGACAUGUCAAGGCUAAUAUAUGGGUGUUGUACCUUACUGGAGCUUUGUUCCUGUUAUUCAUGGUUACCGUGGAGAUUUUUAAUGCAGUCAUAUUUAAAUACAUUUUAUAUAUGAGAGAUUACAAGGUAACCAAGUACAAAAACAUCCUUGGUGCACUAACAAAUAUUAAGAAAAUGUUUUGCGAUGACAUUGGGUUUAACAUUAUAACCCAGACGAGGAAUAAUGAGCUUUCAUUAAUUUUUGUUAAAAUUUUCAUCACUUUUAUAAACAUGUGUGUUUUUAGCACAUCGAUUAACAUAUCAUUCUACAUUAUUAAAAUGUAUUUUGUAAAGUCGGUUAAUAAUGCUAAUGAAAUUACUGAAAUUAACCCAGCAGCUUUCUUGGUCACGUUUUACAUAUACAUGAGAAUUGUCAGUUCUAUGUUUAUUAUUCCCAGGUCUAUCAAUAUCAUUGGAAUGGCCUACGUAUCGUACAAGCGCGUUAACACUUACCUCAAAAAGUGUGCCCCGAAUUUUUACAACAAGGCCAACUGUUUUACUGGUCCGACACAUGCUACUUCAGAACUAAACUCGGUGACGAACAAACUACCUAAUGACGUGGUUGUUUAUUUCAAAGACGCCACGUUAACUUGGGUGCACUCACGUGAAGAUCUAAUGUCCAAGAACUAUGAACCGUUUUUGAAAAACGUCAACUUUGAACUAAAACGUGGUGAAAUAGCCAUUGUUACCGGUUCUCAGGGUACCGGAAAAACAAAUUUUGUCAGAGCAAUGCUUGGAGAUAUGACUCUUGUAGGCGGUUCAAUGGCAGUAGUUCCAUUACACACAUCCAUGCCCAUAUUUUAUGCUUCACAGGACAUUUAUUUACAAAAGGGCACUGUAAGAUCCAACAUAACAUUUGGUUAUAAGUUUGAUGAAAACUUAUAUAAUACAGUUCUUAAAGCAGUUGAGCUUCAAUCUGAUAUAGGAACAUGGGAGAAGGGUGACCUACGUCCAGUUUCCGAUAACGCAUUAUCCCUGAGUGGUGGACAACGAGUCAGAGUAGAAAUGGCCCGGGCACUAUAUGCAUAUUUGGUGUUCCACAAAGUAAACAAGGAAUAUAAUAGUAGAAAGUGCUCAUUUCUCAUGGUAUUGGACGCUCCGUUCCAUGGUCUUGAUCCAUUUGUGUCUAAAACCAUAUUCUAUAACUUAUUUAAUCUUAAAAACGGGCUACUAGUGAGAGAUGACCUAUCGGUAGUUUUAACAUCUUCUAAGAGAAGCCUUGACACAUGCUCGAGGUCAAGCGAUGUAUUGCAAUUCCCCAAUGUACACAUUUAUCAUGUUAAAAACAAGGAAAUGUCAUUCUUUAAUAAACUACACGACUUUAUGAAAACCAAGAAACAUGAAGGAGAAUUCAAGUAUCUGUCAACUGCUAGAAAUGGUCCUUAUAACAUGAAUUACUUAACAAACGAUAUGGUUGAUCUGUGCUUAUCUAACAAUAGCAAAGAAGAUCGCGCCGAUAAAAACAAGGAACUAUACCGCGAAUCCUUCGUAAAAUACAUUAAAGAACACUUUGGAAACACUAGAUUUUAUCCAUUUUUAGUGUUUAUGAAGCCUGCCGCAGUAUCAUUUACAAUCUACAUACUGCUCACGAUUGCGUUGAAUGCCAUGGAUUAUAUUAAAUUUAUUUUGUCAAGUAACUUAUCAGACUAUAUUAUCCAAAAUAUAAAUGAUCAUAACAAUGGCAAAUUUGUCGAUCUUGAAAAAGUUAAAGCACAUAGUAAUUCAGCUCUGAAAGUCACGGUAAUAUUUGUAACACUCAUUAUCAUAACAUCGUUUAUGGCGACAUUGGCCGUUUCAGCAGGAUCUCUGAUUUCUUGUCGUAAACUUCAUGAGUAUUGCAUCAACACGAUUUUCAACUAUAGUUCAUCCGUAGUUAAAAUAAAGAAGCAAAUUAGUCAAAUUAUCACAUACCUUUCCUGCGAUCUUAUGAUGACAGAUGAUAUUACUGGGAUAUUUAUUGCAUUGCUAUUAUUUGCAUUAAUUCAGACGAUCACUAACAUAAUUUCUUUGUUUUAUACAAUUCCAAUCACGAUACCCUUUAUCGUAGUCGCUAUGAUGACAGCGUACUUUUACGUAUUAAGGAAGUAUAUAAAGUCUGCCAGGACAUUAAACUUCGGUUUUUUAGAAUCCCUAACUCAGAUGAAUACUAUAAUGGAACGUUCAAUAACCGGAGCAGAAGUGUACAGAAGCUUUAAUAGGGACUCAGAUUUGCUAAGACAGUUCAUGGAGCAGAGGGAUUACAAUGCUCGACCCAAGUUCCUUUUCGCUGCAGUCAUUUCGUGGUGUGCAAUCGUUUUUACUUGGAUGUUCUCACUAGCUACUAUCAUUAUUUUGAUUAUUCCAAUCAUACUAGACAAAUACACGAAGUACAAGAUGAUGGUAGGUUAUUAUGGUUUGGCUCUAUCUCUUUCCAUGAAUGUGAUCAAGUCCUUUACCAGCUUUUCAUCUUUGUAUGCUUUUACUGAACAACUUAUGGGAUCAAUUGAGAGAUUCCAGUACUUCAUUCCUUUUGGACAAAAGCUCAAGUUCGAUAAGAGCCCCAAUACCCACGAUGAGUAUGUAGUCAAUCCUGUGGACAAUGAUUUCAUUAUUAUCAACAAGGCACAGUUGUUAACAAGGAGAGCAAUUGAGUUCAAAGCUGUCAACAAAAAGUUCUAUGGAUUGAGGAGACUAUUCUACCAUCCCAGACUUACCAUUCUGGACUCUUCUCUUUACUUAACACCUGAGCACGUGGGAGUUGAGUUAAAGAAUCUGUGUGUUUACGCUUCACAGAAUCGUACACCUGAUAGUAUGAUUUUGAAAAACAUCACUGUGACCACACACCGAUCAGAAAUGAUUUGUAUGGUUGGAAGAACAGGUGCCGGUAAAACAACAUUACUAUCAUCAUUACAGAAUUUACCUUUACAUAGAACAGGACAAGUUCUAUUGGACGGUAAAGAUUUGAACGAAAUACCCAAGGCAAUCAUGAGACAGAUAGUCGGUGUUCUACCUCAACAUCCAUUCGUAUUCAAAGGAUGGACUGUGCGUAGGUUCCUUGAUCCUAGAAAGUUAUUUACUGACGACGAGAUUAAUCAUGUCCUCAUUAAGUGCAGCCUUAUGAAUUUUGUUAAUGAACUUCCUGGAGGAAAGAAGCUUGACACUGUUAUUACACCUGAGGAUCCGAUACUGUAUAAUUCUAAGAAGAGAUCCCGUUCUAGAGUAAACUCAUUUGGAAUUAGGUCAUCCAUGACUUCACAGUAUGAUUUGUUAUCUGAAAGUGACAUGUUGCUGUCAUAUAGUCAAUUAAGAACACUUUCGUUUGUCAGGCUUGUUUUAUACAGGAAUUUCUUUAGAGUACUAUUGGUAGACGAACCUCCAGAGGAAGAUCUUAUGGAUACAAGUGCAAAGAGUGAAGACCUUGGAGUUCCAAUUUAUGACCUUUUACACAAGUACUUUAGCCAUUGUACUACAUUCGUUACGGCUCAUGAUGUAGAAGUUUUGAAGAAAUGUAAUUAUGUCUGGGUGAUACACGAAGGAAGACUUGUUAAGACUUGUAAGACUAGCGAUAUAAAAGCCAACGAAUCCAUCUCAAAGAUAAUAGAGGAAAGCUUGAAAUCAGCAUGA